UUGGAACGUAUCAAAUGGUUACUCCUUGAAGACAAAUCUACAGAAACACUGGUUGUACCAAUCGUUGGCAUGGCGGGAAUAGAAGAAAGUUGGGAUUUAUUUCUUCAACAGAUUCAUCUUGCAAGAUUGCCCUCAGAAGUCGAGGCAAUAUGGAGACACAUUGUCAAUUAUUUCAAGGGAUUGCCCUUUGCAAUUGUUAUAGCUGCUGGACUUGCACGAGCAAUCAAUGAGUCACUAUGGAUUUCCAAGGAGACCGAGAGAAUACUUUAUGAAAGGAUGUGUUUGGAUCUUGUUGAAGAUGCAAGUGCUUUUCCAGUACAACUCAGAAUGUUGACAUUGAAGGGAACUUUGGUGCCAUGGGAUGCAAUGGAAGAAGUUAUUGGAAUGUUGCCUAAUCUCCAGGUGCUUAAACUUAAAUAUCAAGCUUGUAUUGGGAAAGAUUGGAAACUUAAUGGUGGUGGGUUUCCUAAAUUAAAAUCACUGCUCAUUCAUGGAAUGGAGUUGGCGCAGUGGACAGCUACUGAAAAUGCUUUCCCUAUCCUAGAGCACCUCAUCGUUAUAUAUUGUAGUGGUUUGAAGAAGAUCCCUUCCACUUUUGGUGACCUAUACUCUUUGCAAUUAAUUGAGUUCUACAAUUGUCAUUCUUUGCUUGUUCAUUCUGCCAAACAAAUUCAGCAACAGCAACAGGAGUCAUAUGGAGAUAAUUGGUUUGCAGUUCAUGACUACAACACUUUUCAGAGCGUAAGUAUUGAAGAAAAAGAACAAGUGAAAAGAGGAAAUUUUGAGGAACAAGAACGUGAAAAGGUGAAGUACAAGGCAAGUGAUCCUGAAUCCAGCAACGUUGCAAGGCAAGUUUUCGAGGAAGUGGAUUCUAAGCCUAUCACUAAUAUUGAAUUCUUCAAUUGCUUUGAAGACGACUUCGACAAUAAUGACAUCAAUUGAAACAAUCUUCUCUACUUCAUAUCUCCCGGUCUACUGCUCAUCCCUAAUAAAAAUCCUAAGGUUUAUUAUUUUUGCUAUAAUUUAUCUUAAAAGACUUGUUUAGUUGCACAUUUUGGGUCUGUGGAUGUUCUCCUUCCUUUUUCCUUGAGUUUAGCGCUUUGAAUUUGGUAUGAGAAAUUGUUCCAUUGAGGAGUGGAUUUGCUUUGCAAUAAGUGUAGGGAUGAGUUAAGCUUGAUUUUGGAUUAUUGUUUCUUUGUGUGGGCUUGUAUUAUUUAUAUUUGAUAAA